UAUCUCAUGUUAUACAUGAAUGUUAUCACUACAGAACAUAACAAAUUUACAUUGCUGUUCACCGAUGGAAUCACCAAUAAAUUAAUUGGCUGCUAUGUGGGUGACAUAACAGAUGAUGUCGUUCUAGUUAGGAUCUAUGGGAAUAAGACAGAGCUCUUAGUAGAUAGAGAUGAGGAAGUGAAGAGUUUCCGUGUGUUGCAGGCCCAUGGCUGUGCACCUCAACUAUACUGUACUUUCAAUAAUGGCCUGUGCUACGAGUUCAUGCAGGGAGAAGCACUGGAUCCAGAGCAUGUAUGCAAUCCAGAUAUUUUCAGACUCAUUGCCAGACAGCUUGCUAAAAUCCAUACUAUUCAUGCACACAAUGGAUGGAUCCCGAAAUCUAAUCUGUGGCUCAAGAUGGGGAAAUACUUCUCUCUUAUACCCACAGAAUUUGCAGAUGAGGAAGUAAAUAAAAGGUUUUUAAGUGAUAUUCCAAGUCCUCAAGUUCUUCAGGAAGAGAUGGCAUGGAUGAAGGAAAGACUGUCAAAUUUAGGAUCACCAGUGGUACUCUGUCACAAUGACCUGUUGUGUAAGAAUAUUAUUUACAACAAGAAACGAGGUGAUGUGCAGUUCAUAGACUAUGAGUACUCUGGAUACAACUACCUGGCUUAUGACAUUGGAAAUCACUUCAAUGAGUUUGCAGGAGUAAAUGAGGUAGACUACAGCCUUUAUCCUAACAGAAAAUUGCAGGAACAAUGGCUGAAAUCUUACCUUGAGGCCUACAAAGAAUAUAAAGGAUUUGGCAGAGAAGUCAGUGAAAAAGAAGUUGAAGUUCUAUAUGUCCAAGUCAAUCAGUUUGCACUGGCUUCACACUUCUUUUGGGGAUUGUGGGCUCUAAUUCAAGCCAAAUAUUCCACCAUUGACUUUGAUUUUCUAGGGUAUUCAAUUGUUCGAUUUAACCAGUAUUUCAAAAUGAAGCUGGAGGUCAUGACAUUAACUCUUCCUGAGUAAUGAAGAGGAAGAAACUUAACAAGUGGAUAGACAACCCUAAAUCUUUAUUAAGAACAGAUACUGGAAAAAAGCUAAACAUUUUUUUGAGUUCUAUAAUGCUCACUUGGUUCUUGCUUUAUAAAUAAUGCCUCUAAACAGUCCUUCAAUGUUAAAUUUAAUAUGAAGAGCAUAUGUACUGCUGUUGAUAUAAAACAGAUUAGAAACUUGCUAAAUUUAUAAGUUGUAGAAAUGGCAAUUUAAUCCUUCUUUGUAAUUUAACAUAUGUUGUAUGUGAAUUAUUUAUUGUAAGUUUAACAUGAUUCCAUUGCUGCUUUCAUCAGUUUUUGUAAAAGUUGGGUGCAGACAGUGAAGUUGUUCCAAAGGAUUUGUUUAACAACUUAUUUUAUUGAAGUUGCAUUAACUUAUAUUAAAGAAAACAUGGUCAGAGAAUAUUAACCUUUUAGAUGUAUAGAAGCAAAAUGAGUAAUAAUAGACUUGUAAGAACACCAGUGUGGUGUAACUAAGGACAAAGGUUAGGAUGAUUUUUAUUUUUUCCCUCUUUUUUUAAAAAAAGAACAAGGUAGCUUUUCAUAUUAUGGUACUUUGCUUUUGUAUAAGAAUCAGCCAGCUUGCUGAAAAGCUGAUGUUUUGAUUUUUUUUUUUCUUUACUGAUGUGUUAAUCUGUAGAAAUGUGAAAUUCUGUGGCCAUCAGAUUCUUUGAGGGAUAUGUACCAUCAUCUCUAACUUCUGUGGGAAAGCUGCUUGUUUAUUAAGUGUAUUUUUAAAGCAAAAGACCACUAUUCCAAAUCUAUAUUCCUCUUUGAAACUUGAUUCUAAAUUUCAACACUAUUCUGGUGUCUAUUUGAUGUGCUUCAGCAAUAGCUAGUGGAAUGGACUAUUGAACUGAAAAUUAGUGAACAGAAAUCCUGUUGCACUGGGGAGCAAGACACUUAGGUUUACAGUUAGCAUAUUUGUUGACAUCUUUCUGCUUUGCCCUCGGGUUCUAUUCUUAAAUGCUUGGUCCUGUAAUUGCAGAUUCUGGUAUUUUUUUUUUUUUUUUUUUUCUGUGGCAGCAAAUUACUUUUCAAAGCCUCCAGUUUGAAGGAUAAUAUGGAAAAAUAUGACUUGAACAAUGGGGCUUUGAUCAUCACACACAUUUUCUUAAUUCUUAAAGCUGUUAUACCAAGAAUGGUCUGGAUUAAAAAAUGUGAAUUGAAUAGAAAAUGUUUACUUAAAACAAUGUAUAAGUUUGUAUGGAAAAGAGGCUUUAAAUAUGAAAGGGGCUGGGGGUGGGAUGGGGGAAGGGGAAAAAAACCCACAACAAAACUAAAAACCAACAAUGCAGUGUGGAGUUGGGCAGACAUGUGCUCAACUCUGCUUAUACUCUGAAAAACUUUGCACUUUGGUCACAUAAGUGCCCACAUGUACAAAGUCUGUGUGUGUGCAUAUACACAUGUGAACACAAGCUUACCUGAAGAGUAAAUAUUAUGGGGAGUCUGUUGUACAGACUCCAGCAAAUAUAAUUAUUCAAAACUGCUUUAUGGCACACUACUGUGUGUAUGUGUGUAUACAUAUGUACACAUAUAUAUACAUAUGUGCUUUACAAAAGCUUGGAUUGAUUUAGGACAAAAAAAUUUAUGUGAGAAAUUUUCACCUUUUGAAGACCAUUUUGAAUGGCAUUCUGUUAUUUUACAAAAGCAAGGCUUGGGAUUUUUUUUCCCCUUGUUUUUAUUCAUCUCUGAAUGUUUCCAAUUUUAUUUUAUUUCCUUCAGUGAAAACCUUAAUCUUAAUACAAAUGGGACAACUGGGAUUUUUUUGUAACUUGAAACUAGGUAUCCAUUUUCGUUAGCAUUUGUUAGCUGGAGGCUAUUAUACUGGACAGAUUUUCUUUGUAGUUAAAUAGAAACAAAUAGCUGAAGUAGACAUAUUUUCCUUUGUAGCAGUUAUCAAGGAUGUUGCUAGAGCUCAUGAAAGCACUGAAGACUUUAAUUUUGCCUGUUUUCUCUCUGUUGACAUUACUGACAUGUGUUGAAUAAUACCCUGCUGUCUUGGUGUAGUCCCUUUAAGUUCAGCAAGAUCUGCUUGGAAGCAAGAUUGAUAAAAUUUUUUGAAAUCUUACCACUAUUUUCUUCAAGAGGUGGCUUUAUUUCUGUCAGUGUUGCUUUUGUAUUUGUGAAAUAUUUGAAAAAGACUCUGAAGUUCACUUUGGUCUUGGGAAAUCUAACACUUGACAGAUCCUAACUUUACCAACAGUUAGCAAAACCCAUUCUUUUUUUCAGGUACCAGUAUGAAGUUUGGAGUUAGUGUAAAUUUUUCAGUAGUAUUUUUGUUUGUAUAGCUCAAGUAGCAAUAACUGUAGGAGUGGAAGUUUGCUUCUGCAGAACUGAAGCUCUUCAUGAGUGCAGCUCAAUCUCAUUCGUGUGGAUUGAAGUUCCACUGAGUCUCGUAAAAGCACUUUGAAGCAGAUAGUAAAUACUGCAAGCUUUUCCUGAGCCACUUCGAAGAAGCACAAGGAUUAUCGCAGGUUACAGUGGCUGACUUUGCAGUACUGGUAGAGGCUUUCAUUUUGCAUGUUGAAAUUCAUUUUACACACUUAAAUGCUGCUUUGCAUCAGCUUUCUUUCAAGACAAGUGCAGAUUAAAACAAAUCCUGAUAAGUUCUGAGGAAAUACUGUAAAACACUUUCCAAAAUAAAAUGCCAGUUACCUUGAGCCUUGUUCCACAUCCGUUUGAGCCAGUGAUGUUCUCACUUGCUAAGGAAUAUCUACCGACAUGUUAAGUUUGAAGCAGUAAUUUGCAAUAGCAUUCAUUGCAGAUUAUAAGGGAGCUUGAAACUGUGAAUACAGGACAUUCUGAAUGUAAGUUAGGUACUAGAGCACUGAAGUAGAGAACAUGUACUUGUUUCAAUUAAUUUAUUUCAGUCUCUACUGGCAGUGUUAAGAUGAAGGACAAUAAAUGAGCUCUAGAAACAUCCUGUAGUAGUUUUGACUGUAACUUGCCAAGAAGAUAUUCUGUUGCCUUUAUGUUAAGCUAAGGGCAUGAAUGCCAAAAUUAAUAACUCUGUAGUUAAACCUAUAUUGUAAAUAUAAAGAGGGUUAUUAGUAAUGGCAUUCUUGCAUGAAUAGCAUCAAGUCAGUAGACCAUAGUGGCCUGGUUGCUUUUGUAAAGCAGAAUAGUGUGAAUUUUUCUUCUCACUUCUGCAGUCAGAUCUGGCUAAGUCAUGUCUAAUUUCUUAGGUCACCUAAGCAUUAGAGAUUUCUGAAUGAUAACUAGUCUUUUGUCCAUAAUUUUAAAUUCCUUCAUUUCUACUUCUUUAAUUUGCAUUUUAAAGGACUCACCCAAUUUGCAUUAACCAGGUCUGACUGUAUAUGUAUAUAAAACAGUGUAAAUAACCAUUUGUAAAUUAGUGUGAAUUGUACUGUAUCUUGCAUUUAUGGACUUGUGUAUUGCAUUGUAUUCUCUCCUAUUUUGUAGAAACCUUGAUGUAAAGAAGAAAUCUAACUCUGUGUGCAGACUUCUUUUAUUAAAUUGACCUGUAACAGAGCAUAAUAGUUUUAUGUUAAGGUACCCAUUUAUAGCCUUGGGCAUCCAGCAUCUUUUUCUCCCUUUAGCUUUUUUGGCAUCUUGCUCUUGGGAAUGAUUCUGGGAAUAAAGGAGUACUAAGAUGAAGAGAAAGUCUAUACUAAUAAUAGGACUGACUGUGUGUCAGAGGUACCUGUAGUACCUGUUGUAUAGGAAAGCUGUUAAAAUUGUUUACUUAAAUUUAAAAAAAUUUCCUAUACAUUCUUGAAUGAUGGUAGCUCCUUAACAUAAGCAUGUUGAAUUGAAGUACUCGUAACAGUGUGUGCUCCCAUGGUGACACCAAUUGAGUUAGUUGUGAUAGAAGUCCCCUGACUUAAAUGUUUUUUGUGUAUAUAGCCUUAUACUAGGAUUAGAUGAUAUCAUUUAAAUGACUAUAAUAAAUGCCCAAAGCACUAAAAUAGUUCUGCCAGUCAUUUUCCUAUUUGUAGCCCCUUUAGACUAUUUGAAACUUACCUGAGGUGUUUUUCCUGUGUGCCAUUCCCUCCACCUCCUCUCUGUGCCCACAACUGUACUUCAUCAGGGGAAACAUGAAUAUAAAAACUUCCUUUCCAUAUUUAAUUAUUACUGUUUCCAGCGUUGUUUUGUCACUACAUGACUUUUCAACAGAAUUUUUGUGUGUAAGAAGUCCCUUUCUGAAGAGGCCUUUAAUCUUGGAAGCAUAGAUGUUUUCCCCAAAUGCUCGACUAUAUUUCAUUACUAUUGCCUUUCACUGUCUGUUUUGAGCUCCAUAGUGUCCUUCAAGCUGUUAGUUUAUUCUUGUCACUGCUGUGUUUAAUAACUGUUGGAAAAUGCUAGUGUGCUAAUCUCAUUGUCCAUCUGACAAAUCAAUCUUGAUAUAGUUUGUACAUCCUGUCAGCUUCACCUUCACCAGGUGAAAGGUAUGCAUGCUUAUCAGCAUUGGCACUGAAAGUUACUGGGGUCCUGGGAAUUGAGCUUAUCAAAGAAGUGUUAGUCAAAAGGCUCGGUAAAUACCGGUAAAAGGAAAUCGUUCACAUGGAAACUCAAGCUUAAGCUUUGGAUAUGCUUAGUUACUUGAAUGGUUUAAGGACAAGAGCAGACUGUAAAGGGUAAAGUUUGUUUCAAAAUGUAGUUCAGUUUUUUUAAGUCUUUGGUAGCUAAUAAAAGCUUACAAAAUAUUCUGUUACUCCUACUGAAAGAAAAAUCAAAUUUGGGUAACUUUCUGAUUAAACAAAACUUUGUUCUAUAACCCAAUGGAAUAUAAUCUCUUAUUUGGGGGAGUCCUUACUGUAGCUUGCAGGGGAGAUUGACCACAUUUUACCUGUCUGCAUUUAAGGUGGCUGUCUAUUCUUGAUUUGUUCUAAUGUUUUUGUAUUGUUUAGUGUUCUUGGAUGCCUUAUAAAGUUUACUAGAUUACUAAACUACUGGAAUUAGCUAUUGUCUCCUAUCAUCUCUUCCACACCAUGCAGGUUAUUAAUUAUAGUAGAAGAGAAUGCAUUUGAUCAGACCUUGAGGUAAUGCGGGGCUGAUGUUGAGCAGUCCUGCAGCUGAUUCUUUUUUCCUUCUUUUUAUUACUGUGGGCUGCAAGCUCAUUGUUUUCAUUAGUUGUGAAAGACAUAAAAAGCCAUGACCUUUAAUCUUCUGCAAGGCAGGUGUUCUCUUAGCCAACCACACAACUUUUAAGAAAGUGGCUUUCAGCAGUUAGAAACCACACAUCCAGAUGUGACAUGUCAGAAGAAACCAAACUUUGUGGUGUUUAGACCUCCGGAGUGGAAAGGAAAAUGUGUGAAACAUUUGCAUGUGCCAGUUGUAUGGAGGUGCUCUGUCAAAACGAUGUACUGAGACACUAGCAAAAGCAUUGUUUGGUUGGUUAUUUUUUUAAAGUGACUUUUUCAGUCAUCUGAUCUGUAGAAAUUAAGUUCUUGUGAUUAGGAAACAAUUCAGCCUGGGGGAAGGAAGAAGCAUUCCAAAAGAUUAUUAAAAAAAACCCCUAUGCAGUUGAUUAAUUUUCAACACUUAAGUGUGUGUUGGGCUUUUCUGUGUAUUUAAUAGUGUAGGUGGUAGUCUGUACCAAGUUCUCUUAAUAAACUUUUAUUAUUGUGAAAUGUCAAAAAACUGACUGGAAUGGCUCUGAAGUCUAUUGUGAUUAUAGAACAGGUGACCAGAUUUCACCAGAUUACCAAACUUCUGGUUCAGGACUUUGCAUUAGCUGUUCCUAUAGCCUUCCAAAUUUGUGCUGAUGUCUCAGGUUCCCUAUGGUGUGGAACUUUAUGGAGUUCCCAAAUAUGUUUGAUUUGAUGUUUGUAGAGGGCUGACACACAGAAAACUUGGUGAAAAUCAGAAGCUCUAUAAACAUUUAGAAAGCAAAUUACUUGAACUCUAACAAGCUUCAAAAAUAAAUGCUGAAAUAACUUCAGAUACUGCACCAGCCUAUUUUUGAGGUAUUGAAGCUGUGUUUUUUUCUAUGCUGUGGGUUUUUUCUCCACAUAGAUCCAUUCAAAACACAAGAUGAAAGAGACCAUGGAAGAGAAACAAGAAAAAUGUUGUAUACAAUGCCAUAAAAUGCAGUGUGAACUGGAAAAAAGUAUAUGUUUGUAAGCUUUUGAUAGUGGUAAUUCUUAAGCGUUAUCAAAAAAAUGGUAGGUGUCAAGUCUUCAGCGUGUAAAUUAUUUUUUUUUGGUAGAAAUGUUCCUUUUAACAUUUUGUAUAUCAGAUGCAGUCUGUGGUAGUUAAUAAUGCUGCUUUGUACACAGGUGCUUUUGAAUAGUCUCAGCACUGCAAGUGUAUCCAGUCUUUCUUAAAUAUGAUUUAGAUUCAUUGGUUCUGUGUCAAGCCUCUCAAUCCAGCUAUCUAAAACCCUUUAAAUACCUACAGAAACAGGGCCAUAGCAUAUUAGGGAUAUAUUCUAUUUUGCGUGGUUUUUUUGUUGCUGCAUAUUUUUCAGUGUUCUUUUAAACACAAAUCCAUUUAUGUCCUGUGAAUAAAAUAAGUUCAAUUUACAAAUAAGCCUUUGUCACCUUCCAGCACUGUCAUCCCUCAGAAAGUCCCCAUGACCCUUCUUGUAUGUUGUGGAGUUUAGAUGCAUCAUUUAUCCACUGGAGUGAAUUGUAAAUCUUUUCAAGUAAAUGUUAUUGGAGCUAUUAUAAGGCCUUCUACCCUUGAUUAAAUGAAGUAAUGUACCUUUCAAAGAGAUUUAUAUUGUGUAAAUAAUUUCAAACUCCAACAAUAAAGUUUGUUUCUAACUGCA